CACGUUAUAAACACAAGAUCCGGCAUUUGGUGGUAAGAAGCCAUUUUGUUUUGAAGGUUUCUAGGUAAAAUGAAGCCAUUCGUUGAUAAAAAUCCGUAAGGGGUUGCUACAGGAGUAUGUUUUUGGCGUAGGAUCAAUUACUUGGUGAGACCUCGACGAAAUUGUCCUCCCAAAUCCAGCAUUUCCUUGUGGUCGUGUGCAUACCUACAUCGCCAAGGCUUUAGUGUCCCAUCGAGUUUGACGAACAAUAAGCAAUAACACUACUUAUUUUAACCACUAAAUUCAAUCAAAAUGGGGAUUCCAGACUUGGAGAUGAUGUUCGACUUACUAGACACUGGAAUGCGUGGAUACCUAACUAAAGAACAACUUUUGGAAUUUCACGAAACCUGCUAUUUCUCCGCCUUGGACCCAAGGCAGGCCGAAGGUGCACUUCUAACCGUGUGCGGGCAUAAUGCCGAUGGGAGAUGCAGCAGAGAAUACUUCAGUGCCGUGUUGGAAGAAUUUGAACGCCGAAAAACUCUCGAAGAUAAGAUUUACUGGGAUUUUCGAGCCCUAGAUUACGAGGGAACAAAUCGAAUUUCAAUUAAAUCAGCGUUGUUUUUGUUCAAAUCGGUUCACGAAGAUUAUUUUUCCAUCCGGACAUGGAAGGCAUUUCUGGAUCAGAGAGAAAGACCAGAGAGUGAUGUGUCGUUCGAUGAGAUUAAGAUCUUUCUUUGUAACCUUCCUGUUGGCGGACCGUGUGAGGAAGAAGAGUUUUAUAAGGAAGAUGAAUCAGUUGAGAGAAUGAGAUGUGACAAAGAGUAUGAGGCCAUUAAGGAGUUACAAGAUCUUCAGGCUGAUGAUGCUACUCUUGCUGCUGAGGAACGUGAGAGAAUGCAGAAUGCAAGUCAGCUAAAGCAUAGGUCCAGCAAACGCGCAAGAAGGUUUGACCAUGAGGGUGUGUCAGCCAUUCUUCAUGAUGAUGAGGAGUGGGAUGAGGAGGCAGCAAAGAAGGCACGGCAGAGAGUGACAGCUACUGAUCUCCUGCAAGCACUGAAAAAGAAGUAUGAGCUCAUCCGUGAAAUGCUUCUGGUCAAAAUGCUCAGACACAGUAUUGGUGAAGGAAUGUGGACUGCUCUCUCUACCCAAGAACAGCAGGAAAGGCUAGUUCAACUAACAGUCACUGUCAGGAAACUGAGAAAGGAUGGGAAGUUUCAUUCUUUUAGCAAAUUGCCUGGUGCCGACGAGGUAUGCAGCCAUAACUUGGUGUCGUUAAUGGGGUAUAGCAGAGCUGAAGCAAGGAAAAAGAACCAAGAAGAAGAGAAAUUUAGAGAGCUCAUGAAAGAGAAAGGAAAGUCAGAUCUUGAGACAGAACAGGAGAUAAAGUCACUGAGGGAUGAAGCCCUUAAAGGCUCUUCUUCUACAGAAAAAAUUCUCUCUGAUCUUGAAAAACGUUAUCUUGAAGACAAAGAGGAUCUUAGAAAUAGGUUACGUGGAGCAAGCGGUCACACUAUAACCUCAGAGGAGAGGCUUGUGGAGUAUGCACUGCUCUUAAGAGAACAGCUCCGUGCCACGCAAGAAAGCAAGUUUGAGAGUGCUGCUUACAGUGUUGGGCUUGCAGAAGACCCUGUACACAACUUGGCAGGGGAGGACAGUAUUCGUCAACAGACACUUGCUGCCGCUCGUCUUCUGCAGCGCAAGGGCCGUAAGUUACAGAAGGAUAUUCUCCUGGACGACGUGACCCUCAGUACGGGUGAGGUGGGGCUAGUUGACCUCCAUGAAGAUGUUGUAAAAGCACUGGAGCGGAAACAUGCCCUUGAGCGAGAGGUGCUGAUUUACAUGUUACAGGGCAGAGAUAGCGGCAAGGCUCGCAGUUAUGCCAGGAAGCUCAACAAAGACGAGAGAGACAACCAGCUUCUUGUCCUGAGGACCAAACGGCAAGCCUGGAAAGAGCGCAGUUCGCAGGAAAAGCUGGAAAGCCGCGAUAGUCAUCGCGCACUCCUGCAGGAAGCUGUGGCUUUGGUUUGUGAGAACAGACGUGCCGAGAGUCGGGAGCUCGGUACAGGGAGUGUAGACGACGUUCAGGUCGCCAUGGCUGUUCUGUCUGAGUUACAAGAGUACCAGGACGUGCAGAGUCAAUUCCUGUCGAGUCUGCCCAACAAGGACAUGCUCGAGCUGCGCCGUGUGCGUGACGAAGAGGUUCAAGCCAUAGAGGAGGAAUGGCUCGAUUGCCUGUCUGCUGUUAUCCUGGGUACUGAAGAGGGGAGGGGCCAGGAAGACGAACUGCUAAAAGCACUGGAAGACAAGUACGACGCGUUGCGUGACAAGCUGUUACUGGAAGCCCUUGAGAAGCAAAUGGGCGCAGCAGAAUGGGCACGGCUGUCGGAGCAGGAACGCCAGGCUCGACUGCUAAGGCUCAAACUGCAGGAGAAGAGAUUGCGGCAACAGGGGAAGUUCGACGAGGCGGCCGCGCUGCUUGGAGAAGGAUUGCGAAAUGCCGAAGCACUUCAGGCCUUGCUCGGUGAAAACCGACAGCAUUACCUAGACCGCUUAAAGGAGAGACUAGCGCGACGUGAGCAGCGCAUGCGAGAAGGCUUGGACCCUGAUGAGGAAGACGAUGAGACAAUGCGCAUGCUCGAAGAAGAAGAAGCCAAGUCUUCUGGAAACAUACUGAAAGACCUGCAAAACCGGUUUGACGACGAGAAGGACGCGCUCUUGCGUAGGCUUAGGGAAGAGCAGGACCGCUUGCUUGCCGAGAAGCGCCGACAGGCGGAAUUGGCCCGAUUGCGGCGAGAAAAGAGGUUGGCAGAGCGCGAGGGCAGGUUUGACGAUGCUGCGUUACUGCUCGGACUGGCCGAGAGGAAUAGGCUCAACCUGGAAGAGAAAUUGCGGCGCGAUCGUGAGAGGCAAGAGCAACUCGCACGUGACCGUUUGGCGAGACGAAAGGUCCGGAGGGGCAAAAAAGAGGACGAGCCAGACGAUCCUGAACCGGACAAAGAUGAUAUUGCAGGCUGGCAGGACGCAGUGCUGAAGGCUUUAGAGCGAAAGCACAGUGCAGAGCAAGAGCUGCUCAUGUCAUUGUUGCUGGAUGAGAGCAGCAGUGGAAUUCGAGAAGAGGCGAGAGCUAUGACCGAGGACGAGAGACUCAAGAGUGUACUUGAGCUCAGGGACAAGAGGGAAGAGCUUGACUUUGGCACAAAAGCUGAUCAAGAGAUGCACGAGGACAUUCUGGACAUGGCGGCGGCCUACAGGGUGGAAAUCCGCCGAUCCAGACUCACCGCCUCACGCGAAGAUUGUGUGGUUAGCGACGAUGAAGUGCACACAUCAAUCAUGGCCGACUUACAAGAAGAGCAGGACAAGGAGAGCGAGGGCAUCCUGGCCAGACUUCAGGAGAUGAGUCAUGAGCAGUUAGCCGAACUUCGCAAGUCUCAGAUCCAAGCCCGUAUCGAUGGGGUUGUGGAGAAUAUUGCCACAGUCUUACUACGAUACGAGGGGGCGGGGACUGACGACGAGAUCCUCAAAGCUCUGGACAACAAGUACGACACUUUGAAGGACAAAUUGCUACUUGAUGCACUGAGAAAACAGCUAGGCGACUCCGAGUGGGCCUUGCUAUCUGAGCAGGAGCGGCAGCGUCGCCUGAUGCAAUUGAAGCUGGAGGAGAAGCGCCUUCGCCGAGAAGGAAAGAUGGAUGAGUUGGCUAGGCUGCUAGGCGAGGGUUUCGCCAUGGAUGCCAACUUGCGAAAGCUGAUGGGAGACAACAAAGCACGGUACGAGGAGAAGCUCAAAGAGCGUCUUGCUCGUCGAAGGGAACGGCUUGCGCAGGGAUUGCCCCCUGACGACAACGACGAUGAAGAAGGAGACCAGGAGGAUGAAGGAACAACGGACUUGCUAUCCGUCCUCAAUGACUUGGAGAACAGGUAUGACGAUGAAAAGGACGCGUUAAUGCGGCGACUGGGUGGUGAUAAUGAGCGCUUCCUGAAUGAGCGCCAAAGACAGGCAGAACUUGCAAGACUAAAGAGAGAAAGGCUAAAGGCAAAGCAGGAGGACAAGUUUGACGCUGCUGCGCUUGUCCUGGGUCUAGCAGAACGCCAUCAGGCCUCAGCCGAGGAAAGGCUUCGCCAAGAUCGCCUUCGCCAGGAGCAGUUGGCGAAAGAGCGUCUUGCUCGACGCCGGGCUGCCCGUAAAGACAGCGAGAAAGCCGAAGAUAAGCUUGUGGCUGAGGGAGACUUGGCUAUCAUGCAGGAGAACUUGAUGAAAAUCCUCGAAAAUAAACACAAGGACGAGAGAGAUGCGUUGGUCGAUUUGCUACAAGAAGACCAAGCCGACCUGACCAACACGGCAGAGGCCUGGACGCAAGAGCAACGCGAAGCUAGGUUACGCGAGCUCAAGGACAAACUUGUAGCACUUGAUCCAGCCGACAAAGACCAGAAGCGAAGUGUGAUGCUUGAAGCCGCGGCCAUCAAGCUUGUCAGCAGAAAAGCCCACCUCGCGAAAUCCCGCGAGGACGGCAGUGAAGUCCCGCGGGACGAGGUGAUGAUCUCGCUGAUAGCGGAUCUACAGCAAGAACAGGACAAAGAGAGCGAGGGCGUUUUGGCAAGCAUGCAGGAGAAGGACAAAGACGGUCUCAUUGCUCUGCAAAAAGAGCACAUUGCUGCGCGCGCACAAGACACCCUUGCCAAUGUGCGUGCCGUCCUGACGCGUGGCGAGGAGGGAGUGGCCGCUGACGAGGACGAGCUGGUGCAGGCGCUUGAGAGCAAAUACGACGCGCUACGGGACAAACUCAUGGCAGAGGCGUUGAUGAAACAAGUCGGUGAGGCGGAGUGGAAGGCAAUGAGCGAGAGAGAUCGGAUGGCUAAACUCGUACAGCUAAAGUUAGAGGCAAAGCGGCUCAAGCAAGAAGGCAAGAUGGAUGAGCUACAAAAGCUGUUUGGCGAUGCAGCGAGUGCAGAGGCUAACCUGGUCUCCCUCAUGGGCGAGAACCGCACUAACUACGAGAAGCAUCUACAGGAGCGUCUAGCUAAAAGGAGGCAGAGGCUGGCGGAAGGUAUGGCACAGGAAGAGGUCGACAAGCUAGAGGCUGAGGAAGACCGUCAGAGGGAAGAGGAGCUGCAAAAGGCAUCAACUGGCAACGCCCUGUUGGAUCUUGAGAAACGCCUGGAGGAGGAAAAGGAAGCGUUGAUGGCCGGUCUUCGUGGCGCAGACGCCAAGUUCGCCAGCGAGAGAGAACGCCAGGCUGCCCUCGCGCGAAUGAAGCGUGACGAGAGACGCGCGCGACAAGAGGACACAUUCGAUCGCGCCGCUCUCGUGUUUGGCCUUGCACAGGCGCAACAGGCCAACUUGCAAGACAUCCAUAAGAGAGACCGCGAGAGGCAGAUGCUCCUAGCCAGAGAACGGCUCGCAGCGCGUCGCCAGAAAAGGACAUCAGACCUGGGCAAGGAGAAGGAGAAGCUCCAAAACAUGGAGCAAAACGAGGUCGAGGUCACUGACCCUACGAAUGUCGCAGUCUUGCAGGAGGCCGUAAUCAAGGAGAUGGAACAGAAACACGCAUGUGAACGUGCCGUUUUCGAGAUCAUGUUGAAUGAGGAGCGAGACAGCUCCCUCCGCCAGGCUGCACACAAGCUCGGUCCGAGGGAGAGGGAGGAUAGGCUUAUAGAACUCAAGGAGUAUCGUAAGCAAUGGCGCGAGUCAAGUCCUGACGAGAUGGCUGAAGCCGCGCAAGAGCAGGAAGAAAACCUACGUGAGGCGACGGGCUUGAAGAUUGAGAUUAAACUCAGUGAACCACUCGGCGAAGGUGAGGAAAAGGAAAGGACAGAAGACGAGAUAGCGGCAGGUUUACUUGCAGAUCUUCAACAGCAACAAGACAUGGAACAGGAGUACUUACUUCAGGAUCUAGCUUCUAAGAGUCCUGCCAUCCUCCAACAGCUAAAGCAAGUCCAGUUCCUUGCGCGCCGCGAGCGAUGGUAUGACAACAUUGCGGCUGCGCUGCUGGGCGUCAAACGCUUGCCAAAGUGCGCCAACUCGCAGGCUCCUACGGAGGAUGAACUGGUCGAGGCUCUAGAAGAGAAAUAUGACGCACUGAAGGACAAACUCUUGAUGGAAGCGAUGAUGAAGCAGAUGGGUGAGGCACAGUGGGCAGCGCUAAGCGAGCGUGAGCGACAGGCACGCUUGGUAAAACUAAAACUGCAAGAGAAGAGGCUUAGAGAAGACGGAAAGCUAGACGAGGCUAGCAGGCUACUAGGCGAAGGACGCAAACAUGAGGCUGGACUUCGCGCCCUGAUUGGUCAAUCCAAGGAACGGCAGCAGCAGUUACUCAAGGAACGGCUGGAGAAACUUCGACAGAGGAAAGCCUCUGGCGAGGUGGUGAAUGACGAUGAGUUAGAGACCCUGGAGAUGAUCGAGGCUAACGGGAUUGAGUCCGUCGAUAGUGUAGUUCUGGACAGGAUUACGGGCGAGACCGUGGCGGAAGCAGAGGAUGCUACUACCGCUAAUCUAAUCUAUGAUUUGCAGGCCCGCUACGAGGAGGAGAAAAAUGCUCUCCUGGCUUCUUUGCGCGGCCAAGAUACACGUCUACAAAGCGAACGCCAACGGCAGCUUGAACUCGCUAAGCUACGGCGUGAACAGCGCAGGCUCAAACAAGAAGACAACUUCGACACGGCGGCCAUCUUGUUCAGCCUGGCCAAGCAACAAGAAGCUUCAAAAGACGCUAAUUACAAAAAGGACCGCGCCCGACAAGAGCAGUUGGCACGUGAUCGUCUAGCGGCCCUGAAAGCCAAACGCGCGGCCAAACACAAGGUGCUGACCGAGGAGGAGGUGCAGCGUCAAGCCCGAGAUGAAAUUAUCAAAGAACAACUUGCUGAUCUAGAGGCAGACAAGCUACAGGCCAUGGAUAUUCAUCAGGGAGGGGUGGCAGGACUUCAGGAGGCUAUUCUUAAUGAAGUGGAGAAAAAGCAUACUACCGAACAACAGGCUUUGUCAGAGCUUCUUCAAGAAAUACAGGAGGACGCUGAUGGUAUUGCCGCUGCCCAGUAUUUAUCGCAGGAUGAGAGACAGGCUCGUAUUGAGCAGCUCGCUAAAGAGCGGCAAAACUGGAGAAUGGACUCGGUGCGGGACUCUCUCCAGGCUACAGCCGAGCAACACCAAACAGAGGAGGAGCGAGUAGCAAGCGCCACUCGUAUCGCCGCUAGCCGCACGAAGCAAAAGAAGCUGCUCCACAAUGCUCUCCUUCUGCGCAUGGAAAGUCGUAAGCAGUUGCUGACUGAGCAAGGUGUGCCGGAGGACAAGCUUAAAGACGAGGUGUCUGUGGCUCUGCUUGCGGACCUGCAGGAGAAACAACAGAGCGAGAAUAGCGCUAUGAGCAAGGUCCUGACAGACAAGGAGGAAGACGUACUGAGCCAAGUGAAGGAUGACCAGAGGCGUGCCAGACGUGAGGGAUGGCUGGAUAAUGUAGCUGCUACUAUACUAGGCUCACGCCCCGUUAGGAAACGAAGUACUGUUAUGGAGCCUACGAGUCAGAUGGACGCCCUCGGAGAAGACGACGAGGAAAUGGCGCACCUCGAGGAGGAGGAGGAGCAGAAGAUAGCGGAGCUGGAGGAGGAGAUGGAGAGAGAGAAACAGGCCAAGAUCAAGGCGGGGGCCUCGGAAUCCGAGAUCAACGCCCUCAUGGCUGAACUACAACGGCAACAGGACACCAAGAGAAUGGCUUUCCAGAAAGACAUAGAGCGCCAGCGUCGCUUGGCUAAAGAAAGACUGGAAGCGAGGCGCAGGAAGCGAGACGAACAGCAGUAUGAAGAAGACAUGGCCGUCUCCAUAGUAACCAUGGCGGAGAAGCAAUUCGCCAUGAUUCGCGAAAAGACCAUGAUGAAUAAGGAAGCCGCCCAGGACACGCUCAAGGACAGACUCGCUCGUCGUCGCGCUGAGCGGGAGAAGAAGAAAAAGGAAGAAGAGGAGCGCUUGAAGGCUGAGCAGGAGGCGGAGCAGGAAGCAGAAUUAAAACGCAGGGCAGAACAAGAGAAGAGAAGACAGCAUGAGUGGCCUUUGCCUCCCGGUUUUGGAAUGAAGCGUGAGAAAACCGUUAUUGACGUAGAGGUAUCCGAGGAAAAACAGAGAGAAAUAGUAUCGUCACUCAUUCGGGAACACACAAGCUUCGGCGAGAAGUUUAAGCGCGAGCAAACACGGCAGGAGGAAAUGGUGAAAAAGCGGCGGAGGAGGAAGAAGGAGAAGAUCGAGCAACAGGAGGAGGAGGCUGCCUUCAUUCUCGGGCUCGGAGAGAGACAAAAGACAUUUGUCGAACAAAAGCAAAAGGGUGAAAGGGAGCGCCAGAUCACCAUGAUCAAGGAGCGCAUCGCGCGCGUCAGACACGAGCGUACGAUGACCAUGAAGGAGCCACGCGACCCUACGGCACCACAGGGAUUCCAGAGCUUCCUGGAUGACGAGGAGGUGAAGGGGCUGAGCGAGGAUGAAAGGAUGAAGAGAGUCGCAGCCAAGAUGGAACAGAAAUUUAAGUCCGAGCAAAGGCGCGUCUCUAACGCGCUCGUCCCUCCCGCGCUAUCGCCUGAUGGCAGCUCUCUUGAGAAUUCCGAGGACGAGAGCGCUAGAGAAAUCUCGCACAACCUGCUAGACGAGAAAAGCCGCGAGAAGAAACUCAAGGAGCGCAUGGCGAACCGCAGGAAGAAGUCCAGGACCGUGCAUGAUCCUGCUGCACUAGCAGCGUUACAAGGGGCUGAGGCGGGUGCAUCCAGUUAGGUAUAAGGUAUUAAUAGGGCCAGGAACACACUACGGAACUAGCAGCAUUACAAGGGGCCAAGGGGGGUGCAUCCAGUUAGGUAUAAGGUAUUAAUAGGGCCAGGAACACACUACGGAACUAGCAGCGUUACAAGGGGCCAAGGGGGGUGCAUCCAGUUAGGUAUAAGGUAUAAAUAGGGCCAGGACGACACUACGGAACUAGCAGCGUUACAAGGGGCCAAGGGGGGUGCAUCCAGUUAGGUAUAAGGUAUUUAUAGGGCCAGGACGACACUGCGGAUCUGACUUAUCACGAGUAGUGUAUUUUGGAUCGCACGACUUUUUACUGCCAUGUAGAUACUACUAUAUAGGUUCCUAAUGCUUAAUUUAGUGUAGUAUGGUUAUAAUGGUACGAGGCCAUUGUGUUUGAUUUAUGUAUCACGCAUCUAAUAUCCAAUAAUUACCUAGGGUAACUAGUGUAAAAUUAUCUAGUUUACAAUAAUUCUACUCUGUUAUGUACCAAUUGCCUAGCUUUUAUUUAUUAUGUACACGUCUACAGAUAUCCAAACAGCCUAAUUAAUCUGAUGUAUUAUGAUUGUAUUGUAUAGUAUUGCCGUUGUGAUAACGAAUUGCUAAUAGAGACAUGCAGCCGCAUUAAGUUA